AUGGGGAAGAGCCACGGCGCCACCACCGCCGCCGCCACCUCGCCCUGCAAGACGCAGCGGAAGCGGGGCUUCUCGUGCAAGUUAGGCACCAUCGUGGUGCUGCAGUUCCUGACGGAGGCGGCGUUCGGCAUCAUGAACCCCAUCCUCUCCAUCGUCAUGACCGAGGUCCGCAAAAUGUGUCAUUCCUACCAUAUUUCGCCAGGCAGCAUCGGCUUGGACUGCCAAUUGACUGCGGAGCCAACCCACUCGACGCGGCGUGCACUGAAGGGUCAAGACAAGCGGCUUGGUUGUCGAGGCUGUGUGUUCAAUGUUUUUCUUGCGCCGAUGCUGGGUCAAGCGUCAGACGUCUACGGACGCAAGGUUCCCGUUUUUGGUGCUAAGCCAGCUCGCAAGGGUUGCAUUGUUGGCUCCUGA